UUCGAUCCAACGAAAAGAUAGCUAUCGACGGAUGCAAGAACUUCCCCAUGAUUUAUCUUAUGGUCAACCUUCUAACUUAUCGGCAAUUUCCGAGUCAAAAAAGCUGUCGGGAUGGACUGGAAAAUUUUUGGAGCUUGGAAAACUUAAAAAACAAAAACAUUUAAUUGGUGAGGAUUCACUUGACAGAUUGAAAGGCUCAUUUACAGAAUUAAGCAGACAAAUGAGCAACAGAUCACCCAGCAAACUUUAUGUUAAUCUACACAGUCCUGCACAAUUACAUUUUGAAUUACUUGGAAGUCCUCCAUUUAAGUCGAAUAGCUUUACUGCUGUUGAUUUUGACACGGGGUAUGUGGCCGUGGCUGAUCAUUCCCUUACUGACGGUGCUGGAAGGCAUAUAAUUUGUUUUAUAAUGCAACUAGAUACAAGUUCAUUACCUAGUAUGAGUUCAGUGAAUAAUGCGCAAUUCACAGUCGAACAGGUCGAUAGAUCAUUUGUCGAAGGUAAAUUUAAGGAUCCAAUCGAAGAUUGUCAAAAUGUUCAGUGGUACUUACUGAAACACACACUCUACACAAACGACGAAUCGUGCUCCUAUUGUUACGAUUUUUGUCUUCCUGAUUAUGCUGUACUUCGUCGACAAAAAUAUGAGGAUGAAGUGUCGAUUGAGAUACGUCGACUAAACUGUUUUAGGCUCUACGUACCAGAAUGGUCAAAGUUCGAAUUUAAAACAGAUGCAACAGGAGGACAUUUUGCCUAUCCAGUAAACCAGCCACAAAACACACAAAGAGUUGAAAAUGUUAAUUGGGUAAAUUACAAGUAUUCGUCACAACAACAAAGUGGUACAACAGCAAAAUUGUUGUAG